AUGGAUUACCAAAUAUCAUCAAGUACUCAAAGCAGCACUUCGCUCCAAACAAGAUACCAAUAUACAAAAGAGAUGAAUAAUAUAAUCAAGAAGACUAACUCAAUUAUUGCAAGACUUACAAAAGCUUCGCCUAAAACUUCAGAAACUCCAACAAAUUUCACUUUCAGUUUGCCAUGCUCUCUUGUUUCAAAGGAAAAAAUACAAAGUCUCCAAAUAUUUAUCGUUCAAAUAGCUAUAUUUGAAACUCUUAUCAAAAUAAGAAUAUAUUUCACCGUCAGAAAUGAGCCCUUCAAAUUCGCAGAUCCAAACCUCAAAGAAAAAGCAUUGAUCAUGAUUUCCAUUGUCAAUGCAAAUCUUGAUAUUGGAUAUUUCAACAUCGUUGGCAAAAAUCAAUUCCUCCAGCUCGAGCUCUCCCUAAGAUAUUUCCAACUUGAUUGUCCAGAUAUCGAGAAUGUUAUAAUGGCUUAUAUCAAGAAAGCAACUCUUAUAUACAAUGAACAUGUCCAUCAGUUUUAUUUCUUAAUUGAAAACACAAACAAUGGACUUGACCCAAGCAUUAAAUCAAAAAUUUAUUCAGAUGGGCAAGGAAAAUAUGAUAAUAAAAAUAUAGAGUCGUCUUCAAGCGAUUCUGAAGAAGAAAAUUCGACAUAUGAGCAAGAUUCUUCAGUUAAUUCAAAUUCUAUGCCAUCAAUUCAGGAAGCUGGAACUUCAAAAUCAUUAGUCCAAAAUUUAAUAAAUAAAGAUCAAUUUUUAAAGCUCUACUUUGAAAAUGAAAAACCAAAUCCAACUGGCCCUGAAUUUAUUUAUAUGCAGCUAUAUAAUUUUUUAGAAAUAAGGGAAACACCAGAAGAAUUGCUGGAAGCCAUUAUCUCUACAAUUAUCGAAAUGUUUGAGCAUUUAUUUGAGUUUUUAUCAUUUCCAGCGCAAAAUAUUGUAAUUUAUGGAUCAGAGAAGGACGGUUACAAUUUUUGUUUUAUCCCUGACAAUAUUAAUAAAGUGGCUAAAUCUCCCUUCGGUGAGUGGGCAAAAAGUCUUGCUCACCAUAGGAAGAGGUUUUUUGUUUUAAAAUUUAAAAUCAAUUUAAUUUGUGAAAUUUAUGUUUUAAAAUGCAAGGUAUUUAAAAUUUAAAAGAAUUAGCUAGAGAUUUUAUUAUAAUAAUUAUCACUUAUGUGUCAAGUGAUUUUUCAUAAAAAGAAUUUAUAAUAAAAUAAUUUCUGUUUGCUCAUGUACUUUGGAUAAUAGAGUUUUUCCAAUGGCUUUGUUUGCUCAUAGCGAGGAGUAGAAUUCGAGAUAGAGAUGAAAAUGACUUCAUGGCCUUAAAAGAUUAUGAAAGGAAGUUAAGAUGAUGGUAUUCUCUUUUAAUGUCAAAAAUAUUAGACAUUUUCUAUAAUCCCAGCUAUGAAAUUUUAGACUGUGACUUAAUUCCAUCUCUCGAUUUUAAAUACCCAAAAUUAAUUGACGAAGAAAGGCAUAUUGGACAAGGAGGAUUUGGAGAUGUGUACCAAAAUGAGCUUCAUGGAAUGAAUGUUGCUAUAAAAUUCGCAAGAGAAGUUAAAGAAGGAAAUGGAAAAGCAUUAUCCAGACUUCAGAAAGAAUUAGUAAUAAUGAAAUGCCUUUGCCAUGAAAAUAUAAUUAAGUGUUAUGGGUGUGUUAAAGUGGAGGAUAAAUUAGGCUUGGUGCUAGAGUUCUGCUCCAAUGAAACAUUAAGCUCAUUUAUCAAAAAUCAGCCUAGAGCAGAUCUUAACUCGACUCUCUCCAUGAAUGAGCAAAACUAUGGAUAAUUCUCUAUUUUUUGCGGAAAAAUCCUCAUGUUGAAAACAAAAAUUGAUAUAUAAAUUAUAAUUACUAUAAUGAAAUUUUAAACAAUUGGGGAGUAAGAUAAGACUCGAAAGACUACAUGGAGUCAUAAAAGGUUUAGAGUUUAUGCAUUAUAAAAACAUUUGCCAUUUUGAUAUAAAGCCGCAAAAUAUAUUUUUUGAUGAAAAUAACACUCCGAAAAUAGCUGAUUUUGGAAUGAGUGAGUUUUUAGGUGAAGGAAUGAAAAUAAGCCCAGGAUUUACAUUGCAUUAUUGUUCCCCAGAGCAUAUUAAAGGAAACAAUCCUACACAGAAAGCAGAUAUAUGAUCCUAUGGAAUGACGACUUAUGCUGUAAUUAUAAGAAGAUCACCAUUUGAUUAUUUGAAAAAAAAUAAUCAGUUAGAACCUAAAUUCCCUCAUCCCGUUAGCAAGCAAGUGUUUUGCGCCCUCAGGGAUUAAUAUUUUUUUAAAAUUAUAAAUUAUUUUUAAGAUUUAUAAAGUUCUGAAUGAGCAAGCUUGAAAGUAAAAGCUUAAUAAAAUUUAUUAGUUUAUGUAUUAUAAUUUAAGCUGUUUAAAAUUACAUAAAUUUAGUUAGACAUUGUAAUAUAUAUUAUUACUUAUAAUAUCAAAAUAUUUAUAUUAAAUGAAUUUAUUUGAUACUCAGAUAUUAUUUUUUCAAAGGGUAGGCAUUUCCAUUUGUUCUGCUCGCUCGCGGAGGUGAAAUGAGGAAUUUUGUGAAAAACUAAAAGCGAUGGAAAGGCCAGAAAUUCCUGAAAUGAUUCAUAAUAAAUUGCCACAGAUAGUAAAUUUAAUGGAAUGCACUUGGUAUACAGAUCCAGAAAGCAGACCUUCUGCAAAAGAAAUAAGAUUGACAUUGGAAAAAUGGAUAGCAUCUUUUAAUAUAGGCUACUACCGAAAAUUUCCCCGGCAAGGGUGUAAGGAUAGAGAGCUUAUCUCUCCAGUUGGUCGGCCAACUCAGGUUGGUUUGCCUGACUGAAGAGUUGAAAUUGAACCACAAGAGGUUCAUUUGCCAACUCUUCAGCUGGCUUGACCAAUCUAAAUUGGUCAGACCAACUGGAGAUUAGAGCUCUCCAUACUUACGCCCUCGUCAGGCAAUUUUAGUUAAUUACCUAUAAUCGAAGAAACUAA